AUGGCAGGCGAAUCCGUCGGACUCCGCGAUCGCGAUAUGAGAUUCGGAGGUGAAGCUCUCACACCGAAAAACCGCGCUGGAAAAUCCUUCAUGCGCAUCCGGACACCCACGCCGACGCCAACGCACUUUAAGUCCCCCGGAAGCGCGGCAGGCAGGCGGGUUAGCUCUCACCGCGUCGCGGUUCCCGCUACCACCGCGACCCCACCUCGGGUCCGUGCGAUCCCUGCAAAGAUUUCUGAAUCUUUGCGAGACCCUCGAAAAAUUCCUGUCCCAGCCAUUCCCGCCGCUUCGACGCCCUCAGUUCCUUCUACGCCAGCAUUUCGCCUUGUCUCCAGAAGCACACCAGGCACGAUGUCGUCACGCAAGCUUGAUGGCGUUCACUCGCUGAGCGCAAUUCUCGAGAAGCAAGGCCAAGAAGUCGCAAAGCCCAAGAGCAAAUUCGCUCGAGGCACGCAGGCCAAGAAGGCCGAAAAGUUCGACCCUCGUGCUCAGGAGUCCGAUUCCGACGACAGCUCCAGCAACAGUGACAGCAGCGACGAUGAUGGUGGCCCCGUUAAUCCCGAUUUCUUCGCCAAGAUUAACGGUCAGAUGGCGUCGAGCAAAUCUGCCAGCACUCCUCUGAAGAAGGCCAAGCGCGACAAGGCCGAUGAGGUUGCCGAUAGCGACGUCGAACACAAGACCUCCAACGCGAAGCCCUCUGCCACCAAGAAAGCACCAGUCAGACCCGAGAGCUCUUCCGAAGAGUCCUCAGCGGAAGAGGCGGCGGCCGACACAGACUCGUCCUCAAGUGACAGUGAGAGCGAAAGCGAGCCGACUGCGAAGAAGCCAGUGCAGAAUGCCACAAAGAAGACGCCAGUUGCCAAUGGUGCGUCAACAACCUCUUCCAGCGAUUCUGAGAGUGAUUCCGAGAGCGAGGUCGAAAAGACGACCAAGCCUAAAGCCAAGCCCGCGGUCAAUGGUGCGAAGGCAACCAAGCCGGCCUCGACCAGUUCGAGCGAGGCAAGUUCCAGCAGUGGCGAGGAGAGCGCAGAGGACGAGGAAGAUGCAGAGGAAGAUUCUAGUUCUGAUGAGGAGGAAGAAACCAACAAGGAGACUGCCGCUGCUGUUGCCCCCAGACGUAAUAGCAAGGACCUCAACGUUCCUGGAUUCGUUGGCAAGGAUUUCGUUCUGAGACAGGCGCAAGGCGAUGAGGAUGGCAAAGAUAUGACCGACUUCUUCACCAAGGCCAAGCUCGACGGCAAGCAGCUCUGGUACUUCACCGCGCCCGCUUCCAUCCCCAUCAACAUUGUGGAGAAGCUUCAGAUUCCCUUGGACAAGGCGCACAAGGGAGACGCCAUUUUCAAGCACAACUCGGAGGACUACACUGUCGGCUUCGACGUUGGUGCCACUGCAGUAGAGCUUCUCAUUCCCAACAAGAAGGGCAAUCGCUAUGAGACAGCCCCCAGGAAGGUCGACAAGGUUCUGCAUGUCAAGCGCGUGACCCAGUUGGUUGGUAGCGAGCCCAGCGCUCCCAGGCCCGUUCAGCCAACCCUUCCUCGUCCCCAGCCGCAGGGUUUGAGAGCUCGCUUCCACCCUAUUGGUGUCCCCGAUGACAUUCCGAUGGGAAAGAUCGGCUUUGACGAAUCCUCCGACGAAGAUGUCGAGAUGACCUCGACACCUGCUCUGCCGACUCGCACCAAAAAGUCUAAGCACACAUCCGCUCCCGCAGCUCCGGCAGGUGAUGCCAUGGAUAUCGACGAGCCUACCCCCAAGAGCUCGAAGAAGGAUAAGAAAAAGUCCAAGGUCGCUAAGGAUCCUGUCGAGGACUCUCAAUCUACCAUUAUCGAGGUACCCAACUCGCAGCCUCUGCCCACGACCAAGGAGAAGCAGAGCAAGAAGCGACGUGAUAGCAUCGAGUCCAUCUCGAGUGUGGGAUCCAACCCCAAGCCGACUCUUGCUACUCCCAGCCAGUCCAAGAAGGCAUCUAAGCGCAAGUUGCCCACAGACGAGGAAUCUACCCCGGCCCAGUCAUCCAAGGAGAAGGCUAAGAAGGUCAAGCGUGACGCUUCAUCCCAGGAUACUCCCGCUCAGGGCUCUGUGAAGAAGGUGACGGCCAUUCCCCCGCCGACCGUCCCCAAGCCCGGUUUUUCCUUCUCGAGCCUCCCCGCUGCAUCCAGCCCGGCCCCCGAGACCUCGACGCCGAAGCCGAAGUCGAAGAGCUCCAAGAAGUCCAAGGCUGAUGAACCUGCUUCGACCCGCAAGGAGACACCUAUUCUUCCACCAAGUGUUCGUCGCGAAUCCGCUGUCCCAAUUCCGCAGAUCCCCUCCAAGUCAUCUCCCGCAGCCGAGGAGACGCCCAAGAAGGAGAAGCGCAAGAAGAGAAAGUCGGAGAAGACAGACGAGCCCAAGUCAAGCAAGAAGGAAACGCCCGUCCCGGUGCCUGGCGCCUAG